UGUAACAGCAAACUUCCGGCGUUUUUUCUAUUAAAACCGAAACUACGUAAUAGUAAUAGUAUUUUCUCUAGUGCUUGUAAAUCCAUAAAAGUUAGAGAAAAAAUGAGCUAUGAUAUAUUUUUAAAUACAUCGUUGGCAAAGUAUCAGAAUCCAGGAAGUACCAAAACUGAAGUUAAAGAGGUGAUGUCAGUAUUUCAAGACUUGAGGCCAAAGUUAGAAGAAACUAAAAAUUCACGUGGUGAAACAAUAUUCAUUCUUGUGUUGGAUGGAACCAUUCCCGUACUGUACAAAGAUGAAACGUAUAAUACACCUAUAGCUGUAUGGAUAUCAGACAAACAUCCUAACACGGCGCCGACGGUGUACGUCAAACCUUCCACGUCAAUGUACAUUCGCCAGAUCGGGUAUGUGGAUGAUGAAGGAAGAGUCUAUACCAAAUAUAUGAAACAGUGGAACCGAAACUCUACAUUACUGGGACUAAUUAUUGAUUUGGUAGAAGUGUUCGGCCAAAACCCACCAUUAAGUUCAUUCGCAAAAGCUGGUUCGGAUGAUCGAUCGGUAUUCAUAGGGAAGCUUCAACUUUCUAACUAUAUGGACCCAGUUAAAACCAAGCGAGAUGCUAUUACAAUUAUUGAAGUCUUUACAGAUAUGAGGGGAUCAUUUGAAGAACAAGCUUUUGCAGACGGGACAGUUAAGCCAAUUCUUUCUUUAAGUGGAACAAUACCCGUCAUAAUUCAGGAUUCUAUAUACAAUACCCCUUUGUGUAUAUAUUUGAUGGACCAACACCCUUACCAGGCACCUAUUGUUUUUGUAAAACCAGCUUCCAAUAUGGCGGUAAAUGAAAAUUGUUAUUAUGUUGAUAAGACGGGGCUAAUAAAAACUCCCUUCCUUACAGAAUGGAAUCAUCCAAAUUCUGACCUUGUGGGAUUAUUGCAAGACUUAACGGUAAAGUUCGGGAAAAUGCCACCGCUGUGGAAUACAUCGGUAACAAAACCACACAACCUAAAUACCUUACAUCAAACUGUUCCAGGGGCAUACGGUUCUGCAUCGAGUAAUAGCUAUCCUGACAACGGUAGCGUUCCGGGAAGACAACUACAAGAAGCAAAUAGCAACAACGGUAGCGUUCCGGGAAGACCACCACUAGAAAGAAAUAGCAACAACUCAACGCUUGAUGACGCUGGGCAAGUAGCUGGUCGCCGUAGAUAGAGAUAAAGUACGCUGUAGAAUCUGUCAAAGAUGACGAUUGGUGUAUAAUCAAGUACUUUAUAACGUCUGGGAGAGAUUUCUUGCAGAAUGGAAGAGGAACUUUUAUAGAUAAAUUACCAUAGUGAAACUCCUACAAACCCAAAAGAAGAAUGAUUUUAUAAAACAAAAUUGAUAUUUAGAAAUGAAGACAUUGAAGAGACUCCACUGAGUUUUUUUUUUGACAUGACGGGACUAGGAAUAAUUUUAUUAGAUUAAUAUUCCCUUGAUGUAGACUGAGCAGAAUUUUUAUUCAUUGCCUCACUCUGUUUUUCAUUUUUCAUAAAAAUUAUUCUAAUUGUGAAAAAAAUUACCCACGAAUUGAAAUACGUUGCAACCAACGUUUUGCUGAGAAAAGCAUAAAAUCUUUCUGUCUUAAGUGUCCCAGCCGAUCUCUGUAAGAAAUCUAGAUGUUAUUCUUUUUAAGCUUUUGGACCUCACUGGAGUUGAACAAGGUCUAAGUAUUCAAUAUUGUGCCUAAUCAUGAGUAAUUGUGAUUGUAGACACAUACAUUUUAUCUACCUUUAUCAACUACGUCUAAAGAACAAUUGACAUAGAAAGACAAGAACAAUGCUCCAAGUAAUGUGUAAUUCUACUGUAGUAUUUGACCUUUUUCAACUUAAUUACACGAUAGCGCUGUAAAAUUUAGAUUUUCACUACUAUGUAUUAGUUAUAGAAUAUAUACAUGACUUUACCGGCUGGUAUCAUCGCAUGGGGUAACAACAAGGGUCAAUUAUAGGAAAUUAAUCGAGACGGAACGUCGAAAUUAAUUCCCAUGAUUGACCAUUUUGUCGCCCCAUGUACUUUAAUUUGUAAGUAAACAUCGAGAUGCACUCUGUAGGAAGAGUGCUUACAAUUGAAAAUACCUUCAUAUUAAUAAAUGAUACAGAUUCAAAUGGAAUAUAGAAUAAAGAUGUAAUAUUACUUCAUGUAAGCACAAAUAAUAUAUCUGAUGCAAAUUCCAGCCAGUACAUAGUUGAUGAGCUUAAGGAUACCAUACACACUAUAAAAACCAUCAACUCAAAAUGUAAAAUACAUGAAAUGUAAUCAUUUCUUCAAUCCUACCUAGAAGAAAUGACAAGCUUGUCAAAACCAUCAUCUCUGAAACCAACAACCGACAGAUGGUGGUCACCACUAUAUCAACCAUGGCUCUGACUUUAUCCUGCAUGGUACUCCAGACAAAUCGCUGCAUAAAGACUAUUUACAUCUAAAUAGAAAGGGUGGAAAACUGUUUGGAACAAACACGAGGAAAGCUAUAAACUAUGUCCUAGGAAUAUCUACGAUGCCAUCUGAUGACCAUAACAGUAACACAAUGGUCAACAAGUCUCAUUUUAAGAAAGGGAGGUUUACAGGGAGGAGAGACAAGAACAUGGUCUACAUGCCAUUACCAACAUCAUGGCUGAGGAAUCAGAAUUCUUGGGAUCGCCGUCGUUAAAUAUUUGUGAAAGUAAUUCAUUUCCAUAUGGACAAAACAUUGUUAAUUUGACUAAUGAAAUUGUAAAUGACAAAACUAUGACUCAAAUAAAAAUAGUAAAUCUUGGUACACUAAAAAAGGGUUGAACAUACUGCAUCUUAACAUUCACUAUUUACACUCAAAAUUAGACGACGAACUCAAAAUUAUAAUUUCAAAACAAAAGAUUGAUAUACUCUGUUUAUGUGAAACAUUCCUAUUUAAUUUUCUAGACAUUGAACUAGUUGGACAAUUUUACACUUUUUCGCAAGGACAGGCCUUCCAAUGGAGGCGGUUUAGUUAUUUAUGUUAGAGACUGUUUAUCUUUUUACACUGUUCUGAUUUAGAAUGUAUUUUUAUUGAAUCCAUUUGGCUUGAACUUAAACAUCCUAUAUGUAAAUCGUUA